AUGGGGAUCUAAUAAUCUGAAUUGGCAACUAUCGCAAGUCGAAGAAGGAUUUUGUUUCUGUGCAAACAGACUCAUCAACUCACUCAAAAUCGUCAUUUUUUUUUGUUAAUUAGAAAUGUUUUGCUAUAUUCUUCAUCUAUUUCUUUUACGUUUUCUCUGAUCUUCUGUUUAUUUAAUCAAUCUAUAAAAUCCGAAGCUUAGUACAAAACCUGAUCGAGCUCCAAGUAGUCGAUCCCUUUCUUCCUCACUGCUCUAUGCAAUGGUGGUCUGCAAAUGCCGUAAGGCUACAAAAUUAUAUUGUUUCGUGCACAAGGUUCCUGUUUGUGGGGAAUGCAUCUGCUUUCCUGAGCACCAAAUAUGUAUUAUACGCACUUACUCAGAGUGGGUAAGAGAUGGAGAGUAUGAUUGGCCUCCCAGAUGUUGCAAAUGCCAAGCUGUGCUUGAGGAAGGGGAUGGCUCUGUAACCACUCGGUUGGGUUGCCUACAUGUCAUACAUACAAAUUGCUUGGUUUCACAUAUCAAAAGUUUUCCUCCGCACAUUGCACCUGCUGGAUAUGCAUGUCCUUCAUGUUCAACAUCUAUAUGGCCUCCCAAGAGUGUAAAAGAUUCAGCAUCUCGUCUUCAUUCACUGCUGAAGGAGGCUAUUAUGCAGACUGGCAUGGAGAAGAAUUUGUUUGGAAAUCAUCCUGUUUCUUUGCCUACAGCAGAUCCCCGUGUUCCUCCACCUGCAUUUACUUCAGAUCCAUUGGUAAAUGUAACUUGUGGAGGAGAGUAUGAUGAGAAUUCAUCACCCUCUGUUGUAAAAGAUGAAGGAUACUCAGCUGCUGCAGGACCUUCGAAACUUGCAGUAACAGAAAUAAUGGAGAUUGAUGAUCAUAAUUCAGCUGGGAAUUACAUGAAAGCUUCAAGUUCUGUUACCCCUGUGGCUACAACACGAAAGAGUACAGUCCAUGUUGAUCAGCAAAACUCUGAAAUCUCGUAUUAUGCAGAUGACGAAGAUGAUCGUAAAAAGUAUUCUCGUAGGGGUUCACUUCAUCUUAAGUUUCUCAGAGCAUUAAUUCCCUUCUGGUCAAGUUCAUUACCAACUCUCCCAGUGACUGCUCCUCCACAUAAAGACUCGCCAAAUGCUGAUGGCAGCCGAGAAGGUCGUAUGAAGCAACAACGAUCAACACGGAUGGAUCUGAGAAAAAUCCUUCUUGUUAUAGCAAUCAUGGCCUGCAUGGCUACUAUGGGUAUUCUCUACUUCAGAAUUUCACAAAGGGCUCUCGGCGAGGAAGUGGCCGAUGACGAGCAGCAGUAACCAAUUCGCAUGCUUCUGCAAAUCCUGUUGGUUGCUGCCAUAGUUGCCAUUUUCUUGCUCAUCGUCUCCCGUCGGUCACAGUAUCCGACAAAGGGCAUCAGUGGAAGAAAAACUAGUAAGAUUACAGAGAAUUUCAUUACCCAUCAUCCAUCCCACUUUUUUU